AUGGAUAAUUUACCGAAGAGCAUCCAACUUCAGUUUUUACAAAUACUACAUGCUUUGCUAGCUACUAAAACAACCGCUGACUUAGAUCUUGUCGAAGAUUUUGUGAUGGAAUAUCUUUUUGAAUCAGAUUGUGAAUUACCAUCCGAUAUUUCUCUGGAAGAAUUUACAAAUAAUUUGGAUCAGCUACUGUCGGGUAUUGUAGAUGAUAUCCCAAAUUUAGCUGUGAUACUCUACCCAAUACUUUCCCUACUGAAACAAUAUCCUUCCGAUCUAUAUGAUAAAGAAGAGCAAUUUUCUGUCAAUACUGAUAUAUCCAAAAAAGCGAAAAAUAAGGCAGAAUCCAAAGUAUAUGAAAUAAAUAGAGACACUAUUAUAAAUUUAACAAAUCCAACAAUACUAAACUUUGCAAUAUUUGUACGAAACAUACCACAGCGCUAUAUAAAUGAGUUAACUAUUAAGCAACAAUUUGAGUGUUUUGGUGAUAUUCGACAAAUAAUCAUUUAUAAUGAAUAUGUAACUAUCUAUUAUAAUCACAAACAAUCCAGAGAUAGAUGUUUGAAAUCGGUAGUUCCAUUUUUUAAUAACAGAUUUGUAACAGUUGAUUUAUUUAUUGAGGUGAUUCAAAAUUCAAAUGUUAUCUCAAAAGAGGAGCUUAUAGAAGAACUGCAAAAUAUUGGCUCAAAAGUGGUUAAUGAAGCAGAACCAGAACAUACAUUUGAAAGACAAACUCCUGCUAUUGAGAGAUUUGCGAGUAAUCCCAUGGAACAAAUUAUCACUAAUAAAUAUGAUAUGGAUAACAAGGAUAAAUUGUCUAUUGUAUCUGAUGAUAAUUCAAAGGAACUUGCAUCAUCUAAUGCUAUAGAAACAAACGACAAUAUUAAUAAACCAACUCUACAAGCAUAUCAUAAUGGAGCUAAGAGUAGUGGCUCAUUGCUACUUAAUAACACUCCUCUAAAUUAUGCAAGUAUGAAAUCAAGCAUUAUGACUAAAAAGUCUGUGGACAAUAUAAAUUCCCCUGCAGAUACUGAGAACUGCAAAAUAUCUAAUAAUAUUCACGAAGGAGAUAUUAAUCAGAAACUGAGUAAUAAACUUUCGAAUAAUAUUGUGACAAUUGACAAUGCUAGUAAUACUCAAAAGAUAUAUACACCAUCUGAACAUGAUAAGGAAGAACAUUUAGAAAUAGCACCAAAAAAAGUUGAAACUUUUGGGACAAUCCCAUGCCAUCAAGAAGAAAUUCCUUCUCGAUCACUAAAUAAAUCUCCACCUACUCAAAAUUUCGUAAAAACCGACACGCCACCAAUGACAAAAAUAGCUCCAUUAUAUAUCCAGCAAAAUAUUAAAAAUCUAACUAGAAUACCUUCAAAUAGCAUAAAGGACGACACUCAAAAUUUAAUAGCUCCAGUAAAUAAUAUUAUAGUGAAGUCAUCUUCUGAAACAGAUUUAAAAAGUAGUGGCCCUAUUACUUCAUGUAAGCAUGAAACUGAUAAUGCAUCUACUAAUGACAUUGUGCCGCUGCAUGUACAAGCAUCAACGAAUCCACCAUCUAUAGUAGAUGCAGAGACUCAGACAGCAACAACUUCCGAUAAUGGGACACGAACUUCCUUAUUUAAACGAACUAAACCGUUUGAAUACAAGCAAGUACCAUUUCUUAGUCCAAAUGAACUGGCUGAUAUUAGAAUUCGUGCCUAUAAUAUGAGUGUCCAAACUACUACAAAAGUCAAUAAAUUAAACAAAAUCAAAGCUUCUCUGCGGCAAAUGAAGAGCCAGGUUUUAAAUAUGUCAGGACAAGAGUUCAAUGAUAAACAAUUAAUGAAUAAUAUCAAAAGUACUAUUAUUGGCUACGAAAGAGAACUAACGUCAAAUCCUCUAGCACCGCAUAUUAUAAGACAUGAGCUCAGAUCUAUAAGAGGAAUGACAGAAGGACGGAUUAAAAUUCCAGAAUAUUAUAAUCACUAUAAUGGCACUCAAUUUAAACCGUGGAGCCACAAAUAA